AUGAAGCGAGACAACUGGUUUCCUACUACAGUCAGUUACCUCUGUUCAGCUCAUUUUGAAGAGAAAUAUAUGUACCACACAAAUGUCCAGAGGCGCCUUUUGUCAAAAGCAGUACCUACUACCUUUAACUUUCCACCACAUUUACAAAAGCAAGAUAAAGUAUUACGACCACAACCCAGAAAGCGAUCUUUCGACAAUUUGCAAGAUAGUGCUGUUACAGUGACAUCAUUAGCACAAAUGCCUGUGGGACCCACAUCUAUUUCUGCUGACCACAAUUACUGUCUACCAAGCCCUAAGAAGUUGAAAACACAAUAUAACAGAGUACAAGCAGAGAAUGUGCGACUAAAGAAGCGGAUAAAGCAAAUGAAGCAACUUAGUGAAACGGGCCGGCUGUUCACUCAGGCAUUAGCGAGCAAUGCUGGACACAGAACUCUAGCAGCUCACGUAGCUUGUGGCAGGUCAUGCACGCUGUCUGAUAGCGAGUCGGGAGUUGGGGCCAGUGAGGCAGUCCGCAGACUCGGCCUCAGCACUCUCAAAGGUGGACGCGUGGUUAGACUUGCAUCCACAGGUGGCUAUCGACGGCUGUAG